AAAAACAUAAUUAGAAAGUUGAUUUCAACGAUUUCAUUUAAAUAAAAUUUAUCAGAGAAAAUCGAGUUCAAAAAUCCAGCAUCCAACGGAAAUGUGCGACAAAAGUGUUCGAAACAUGCUGCUGAGCUGCUGUCUUGCUGUGCUGCUUACCACAAGUCAGGCUCGGCCGCGCUACAGUAAAAACUCGCAUAAGAAGAACUUUGACCUCAGCAGCGCAGGCAGUGAGACCAUCUUGGCCUACGCAUCCAAGCCCCAGCCUCCCAUGACCCUGACGGACAACUACAACUUGAUUAUGCCCGAUUACUAUGAUCACCAUCCAGCGGAGUCGAUGCAGCUGCAGAACUUUGCCAACUUCUACGAUGCCGAGAUGAGUCCGGGCGCCGACCUGGGCAUGGAUGAGUCCCAGUUCCUGACCAGCAGCACGCCAGUGCGUGGGCCCACGCCAAUCAAUGUCGACGAGCAGCGCAUACGCCAGCAGCUGUAUCCGGUUGACAUCGCCCGGGAGAAGAAGGCCCUGCAGAAGCUGAAGAAGGGCAGCACAAAGCCACGAGGCCCCGACUAUGCCGAAUGGGAUCAGUUCGAUUACGAUCUCUACAGCGUCAAUCCGGGCGAUAGCAAAAAGUACUAUAACGAUUUCUAAA